AUGGCAGCAACAUCAUUAUAUCCUGUUUCUGUCAAGGAGGACUUGGUGAAACAAUUCGUGGGAAGGUCAAUCGAGGAUGUAGGGACGCCUGUUGCGGUGCUUGAUAUCAGCAAGUUGGAGAAUAAUUGCAACCGCAUGUUGGAAGCAUGUGCGUCUCUGGAGUUUGAAUGGAGAGCCCAUAUCAAAACACACAAGACCAUCGAACUCACUCGUCUUCAAGUUGGGCCAGGGACUGGCCCAGUAAACCUAAUCGUUUCUACUCUCAUCGAAGCCGAAUUCAUUCUUCCCCUUCUCCUCGAAUACAAGUCCCAAGGUCGCGCCGUCAACCUUCUUUACUCCUUUCCUAUUACGCCCUCCGCUGUGAGCCGUCUCUCACACAUAUCCAAGUCUCUUGGACCCCAUGGGCUCUCGGUGAUGGUCGAUAAUACCGACCAAAUUCCCUUCAUCGAAGCCCUGCGUGAUCAAUCCGGCGUACCGCCCUCAGUCUUCCUGAAAAUCGACCUGGAGGGACACCGUGCCGGCGUAAAGCCCCUCUCCCAGCAAUGCACAUUGCUGAUCAGCUCUCUACUCAGCCUCUCCUCAACCACAGUACCUACCUGUCAUUUCCUUGGCCUCUACUCGCAUGCCGGGCAUUCCUACUCCAGCGACUCCCGCGCCUCAGCCCUCCAAUUUCUCCGCCAGGAGUUCGAGACGCUGCUUUUGACCGCUAAAGUCGUCCAUUCCACGUCCUCCGAGAAAGCCAUCUCUCCCACAACACCACUAGUUCUCUCCGUUGGCGCGACACCUACCACGACCAGUGUGCGAAAUUUACUAGUGCAAGACUCCAGUAGGUCAGAGGAGGAAGCUCAGGCAGUUGCUGCUCUGCGCGCCACCAUCUCCAGCAUCCGGGACGCGGGAUGUAAGAUCGAGAUACACGCUGGUGUCUACCCGACCCUGGAUCUCCAACAGCUAGCGACCCACGCUCUGCCUACCGAAGGCCCGCAUGCGAUGCUGACGUGGAGUGAUCUGGCAUUUACAGUCGUUGCGGAAGUAGCAUCUUUCUAUCCCGGGCGUGGGAAGAACGGCACCCCUGAGGUGUUGAUCGCGGCCGGUUGUCUGGCGCUGGGAAGAGAACCCUGUAAGGCGUAUCCUGGCUGGGGCAUGUUGACGCCUUGGAAUAGACCGGGCGUUCAGAUGCCAGCUGGCGGUCCGGAGAAGUUCGAAGGUUGGUUUGUCGAUCGUGUCUCCCAGGAACAUGGGAUACUGGCUUUCAAUGGCCCGAGUGGUAGCGAGGAUAAGCUGCUGGUGGGUCAGAAGGUAAGGAUUUGGCCUAACCAUGCUUGUAUUACGGGGGCGGGCUUUGGAUAUUAUUUGGUUGUUGAUGAGAGGAGAGCGGGUAGGGAAGAUGAGAUUAUUGAUGUCUGGGUGAGAUGCAGGGGUUGGUAA